AUGGAAAUGAAAAAGAAUGUAAAGGUUGAAGGAUAUGAAUAUGAUAUGAGAGGGAGUAAGGUUGAAACAAAGUGUAGUUUUAAGAGUGAUGUGAAUGUUGGUGUUAGGUGGAAUAUAGCAGUAGUUGCUGAUGAUACUUUCUUCUCACCUUGUUUGGUGGAUGGAUGCUGUUGCUGUG